AUGAGUUGCAUCCUUGGACGAUCUCAUAACUCUGCGGAUUAUACACCUGACGAAAAGUCUCUGGGAAAAUCUAUUGAGGUUGGAGACUCCCAGGUGAUUUGGAAAGAAAUUGUUGACGGGACGGAGCUAACAGUGGAGACCAAAUUCACAGAUAUUAUGGCUUUUCAACUAAGUAACACAGGAGACUGUGACAAUGCCGACUCCUUAUUGACAAUCACUUACAUCCAAUCUCGUCCCGAUUGCAAAUUGGUCACCGCCGAGGUAACCUUUCAGGGCAAAAAACAAGAAACGACAACCCUUCAUGAAAAAAUAAAAAACAAAAUGGCAGACGUUUUAUCGGCCCGACCCCGGAAGCUGCUUGUUUUCAAAAACCCUUACGGCGGAACCGGAAAUGCUUUAAGCAUAUUUUCUCGCGUCCGACCCAUUUUUGACAUAGCUGGAAUUACAUGCGAAGAAGUUGUUACGACAAAAGCGAAAGAUGCUGAGGAACGAAUACAAAAAUUCAACCUUUCACAGUAUGACGGUGUGGUUGUGGUGGGAGGAGAUGGUCUUCUGUCCGAAGUAGUCAAUGGAUUGACACGAUACGCACAAAACAAAGUCGGAAUCAACUAUAAUGAUCAUACUUUGCAGCACGCCCCCUGCAGUCUACCAAUUGGAAUUAUUCCUGCAGGAACCGGAAACAUCUAUGCAAAAAUGUUCCACGGCAUUCGAGAACCAACUACAGCAGCGCUUCAUAUUAUUCGAGGAUUGCGAAAAGCCAGCAAUUUAUACAGCAUCCAUCAAGAUGGGAAACUCUGUGCAUAUUCGAUUUUAGUUUUUGGUUUUGGCUUUCCUGGUGACCUCAUCAAAUCAAGUCAGUCCAAAAAAUAUUUGGGACGGUCGAAAUAUUUCUUCGCUGUCCUGGAUUCGAUCCUCUGGAAACACGAUGCUUAUCGGAUGAAACUUUCUUUCCGCCAAGUCUUUUCACCAGAACAAGAGACAACAGAGAAAUCCGAGACUGAUAUGAAGACAUUGGAAGGUGAAUAUCACGCUAUCGAAGGUUUUUCCAUGAAUUUCAAAAAAACGGAAAAUUCAUUAUUACCCAAUUUCGGUGAAAAUUUCGCAAAAUUUGUUCUCGUCAAAAAAUGUUCACGGCUUCAACAUCUCGUCUUUUAUGAUCUUCUGCACAGUCAAAAGCCAAACGCUUACGACCUUGGCUAUAUUGACUGCGUGAAUGCAGAAAGUUGCCGGAUAGAAUUACUCGAACCUGAACUCCUUCGUAGACGAAAUAUGUAUUUAAAUUACGACGGUGAAUUAUUACCCAUCACUUCCAGCAUCGUCGACAUUAGGCUCCACAACCAAAUAGUUUCCUUCUACGGUGUCUAUUUCUAUCUAUCUAUCUAUCUAUCUAUCUAUCUAUCUAUCUAUCUCAGUCUGUUCAUAUCUAUCUAUCAUUGUUUACAUAUCUAUCGCAAUCUGUUUUUAUCUCAGCCUGAUUUUACCUAUGUGAGUCUGCUCAUCUAUCUAUCUAUCUAUCUGAAUUUUUUUUCUGUCUGUCUAUCUGAUUUUUUUUAUCUGUCUGUCCGUCUCAAUUUCUUUUCCUCUGUCUGUCUGUCUGUCUCAAUUUGUUUCUGUCUAUCUGCUAUAUGA